AUCAUCAUCAGGUGUUCUGCGCUUUCUCCUUUUCGCUGCUUUCGCCUUCGCCCCCAUGGAUUCCACUCGGGCCAAGCGACAGCGGGAGCUCGCACGAGAGCGGCAGCGUCGCCGUCGCGCAAAUCCCGAGAAUCGAGAGCGGGAAGCGCAAUUAAAGCGCCAGCGGCGGAGAACCGCUAUCACUGAGGUUCGAGAACGGGAAGCCCUAGCCAAGCGCCGGUGGAGGCAAGCCAACCCACAGUUUCAAAAGAAGGCAAACGAAGGCAAGCGCCAGCAGAGGCAAGCUAACCCGCAACUUCGAGACCAUGAGGCGGAGCAGAGACGUCGACGCGGAGAGGUUCUUCCCACGGAGGGUGCCGAUGCACGGUUCAAGAGUGAAUUCCUCGAUCGUGACAUUGGCCACGGCUGCAAGCCUGUGACUUGGCUUGUGUUGCUACUUCGUGCACCUACGAGUGAGCCUGAGAUAAGAGAAAUUCGCCGUGCCUUUUACGCACACGGCUCUUCAGAGGUUGACUUUUGUGGGCAGACAGAAGUUGGAAAGGUUGACAGUUGUGUACAGACUGAAGCUGCCGUAAAGAGGACUUGUGAAGUACAGACUGAAUGUUCCGGGAAGACAUCAGAGAUGUUUGUGAAUGCCCACGGAGAGAAGUCACUAGCGGAGUCCAUCCCAUUACAAGCGAUGUUGAAUACUUUUGUCGAAGAUGACAGAAUGCGCAUUUGCGAGCCUGCUGGUGAUGUAUGGGAUGAUGAAAGCGCUUUUCCCACACAAUGUCUUAUUCUUCUCCCUCUUUUGUCUCAAGAGGAUGAAACCACUGCCACUGUUUUGCACACGGUUUACCGCUGCAAGGAAUGUGCUGAUCUCUUCUUGAAGGAAGAUGUGUUGAAUGCACACUUGUGGCAGGACCACAAGCAGAGGAGCCAUCUUGGCUUGCAUAAAUGGACACCCAGAGGCGUGCAGCCAUUUGAGUGCCAGUUCUGUCAAAAGGGCUUCAGCCAGCGGGAAUAUCUUGACCGGCACCUAAAAGACCACUUCGAUGAAAGGAACCAUCUCAGCUUGCAGGAAAGGACUCUCAGAGGCGAGGAGCUGUUUGAGUGCCAAUUCUGCAAAAAAGGCUUCAGCCAGCGGGAAGAUCGCGACCGGCACCUGAGAGACCACUUGGUUGAAAGAGAGUGGUCGGACGGGAUGUUGUACGAGUGUGUGGAGUGUGGGCAGCAUUUCACCCAGCAGUCUCAGUUGGCUUGCCACCAGAGGUUGCAUGUGGCCGAUGACAAAUCCACCAAUGUGUGCCCCAACUGCGGUCAGGCCUUCACGCAAAAACACAUGCUCAUUGAACACAUGCUGUCCCAGCACACGGACGGGAGGCCUCACGCCUGCCUAGUGUGCGGGAAGACGUUCACACGAAUCAGGAGCGCAAGGAGGCAUGAAGAAGUGGUGCACAGAGGCCAUUACCAGUACCACUGUCCUGUAUGUAAUAAAGGGUUUUCUAAAAAAGACAAACUAACGCACCACUUAGAGUCACGUUAUGGCCAUGGAGGAACACAGACUCAGGAUGCAGUGAGUAUUUCGCACUGCUUGACCAGAAAAGCAGAGGAGCAUGAUUAAAGGAGAUAAAUUUAACACUGUAAUGGCAUAGUGACUUUGGUAUUGUUUUGAUUAGCACGUAAUCAUGCGUAUUAAAUUUUAUAUUCGGCUGUAGAGGCUACAUUUUGAUGCAAGUGGAAUGCAAAACACUCUUACUUGUAGUUAGGCAUGGGGCACAGGAAUCUCUGGUGAUUAGAAUCAAGCUGAAGCUUACUGCUGUCAUUACUCAUAAACCCUAUGUAGCAUAUGUUAAACUGUAAAUUAUAUUAUCAAUAAAGAAAUCAAAUGGA